AUUCUAACAUUACACUAGACAAUAAUUUAGCUCAACAAUAUAUAUAUGUAGUUUUUAAUCCUGAUGAUGAUGUUACUAUGACUGACUCAAAUACUAAUGAGAAUUUAACUUCAAAUACUACAACAACCUCAAACACUGCU